AAAGUUCACAGUAGAAGAAGGAUGAAACUGGAAUUUUGCGAUGGAAUUACAUGGUUUGAUGAGGAGCAGGUGCAUCUUGGGGCUGUACGUGGAGAUGAUCUGGAUAAACCACAGACCGUUGAUAAAUCUGGAAAGUUUCUUUGUUUCAGUGGAAGAUCGAGUUCAAGAACUUCUGCAGAAAAUUGAAUUUAUCAUGGAACAAAUGAAAAGGCGCGGGAGCAGGGGAAAUCAUGUCGAAUCCCUGAAUCAUGUAUAAUAUAAGUGUGACAUGUGGAGAGAUUCAGACUGACGGCGGCUUUGAGUUCAAUCUUCCCUCUGAUUCACUGAAUCAAACACUCAAUCCGGAUUGUGAGCAAAGCUGGCACUCAGAGGACGGGCGUCUGAUAGCAGUUCCAUCAGAUCCUCAAAGAAUGAUUGAUCCUGUGAUUUCUGUCUCAUCUGAUCGUCUCAUCACUUCUCACUGUGUGAAUCUGAAACAUGAGAUCAUUUGUGAUUCUACUGGAUCUCCUUUCAGUCGUGAGAUCAUGUUCAGAGUGAGGAAUGAAACUGCAGUGACUCCAAACUCAGAUGAUCUGAAUGAAGUGACUCUCCAGCACUCAGAUCAGUCACUCCUGAUUUUGGCGGUUUUUUUAAUUGUCAUUCUUAUCAUCAUCUUGAUCUGUUUCUUGUGGCGGAAAAAGAAACUCGGAUGCUUUCUGAAUGUCUUUCGGCGCGACGAUUCAGAAAACAGGAAUCCUGAAACUGGUGUUCAAAUGCAGCUUAGAUCUGAUGAUGAUCCUGACAAUCAUCUGGAAAUGGAGCCGAUUAACUGCUCAGAUUCAGAUUUUCGGUCUUCAGAGAAUCAGAAGAAUCCUGUUGACCAUGUGUUCCAUUCAGCGCAAAAUCUGAACCCUCCUUAAGUCUCAUUGUUUCAGCUCAUUCACACAGUUUUAAAGUAUUUAUGAUUGGUUUCACUGUGAGAAUUUAGCUUUUAAUUUUUCAAAACAACACCGUAUUCCACUCAUAAUUGUUCUGUAUUCUGUGUAAAUAUAAUGCCGUGCUCUAAUAAAAAGAAAA